AUGAGUGAACCAAAACCAACUACUCAAACUCCAACACCUGUUGAAUUGACAGAGGAGCAAAAGAAGAAGCAAGAAGAGAAAAAGAAGGCAAAGGAAGCCGAAAAGCAAGCAAAGCUUGCAAAGUUGGCUGAAAAGGAAUCUAAAGCUAAAGCAUUAAAAGAAAAGGAAGAAGAAAAUAAGAAAAAGAAAGCAGCAAAGGAAGCAGAAGAAAAGGAAGCUGCUGACAAAGAAGCUGCAAAGUUACGUGAUUAUACCGACAAGGUAUUACAAACACCAAUUGGAGAAAAGAAGGAAUUCUCUGGAGAAUUAUACCCAUCAUAUCAUCCACCAGCAGUUGAAGCACGUUGGUAUGAUUGGUGGCUCAAGAAUGAAUUCUUUAGCCCAGAAAAGCAAUUAGAGAUUCAACAACACGUCCAAAAGGAUAAAAAGUUUGUUAUUGUCAUUCCACCACCCAACGUCACUGGUUCGUUGCAUUUGGGUCAUGCUUUGACAAACUCGAUUCAAGAUGCGAUUGUUCGUUAUCACAGAAUGAAGGGUGAAGUUGCACUCUGGGUUCCAGGUACCGAUCACGCUGGUAUUGCAACACAAGCUGUUGUCGAGAAAAAGUUGAUGCGUGAACGUAACAUUACUCGUCACGAAAUUGGUCGUGAACAAUUUGUUUCUGAAGUUUGGAAAUGGAAGGACGAGUAUGGAUCACGUAUCCAAAACCAACUCAAAAAGUUGGCUUCUUCAUUGGACUGGAAGCGUGAGGCAUUUACAUUGGACGAUACUCGUUCACGUGCUGUAAACACUGCCUUUGUUCGCAUGUUUAACGAUGGUUUGAUUACUCGUUCAUCGCGUCUUGUCAAUUGGUCUUGUGCACUCAAGACUGCCAUCUCUGACAUUGAAGUCGACUAUAAGGACUUGGAAAAGCACACCAAGAUGUCUGUCCCAGGACACAGCGGUGAAUACGAUUUUGGUGUUCUCUUUGAAUUUGGUUACCCAGUCGAGGGCAGCCAAGAACUCUUGUACGUUGCCACCACCCGUAUCGAGACCAUGUUGGCCGAUACUGCCGUCGCCAUCCACUCUGACGACGCUCGUUACAAGCAUCUCCACGGAAAGUUUGUCGUCCAUCCAUUGCUCGGCAAGCGUAUUCCCAUCAUCACCGAUGAUGUCCUCGUCGACCCAUCCUUUGGUACCGGUGUUGUCAAGGUUACACCAGCACACGAUCCAAACGAUUAUGAAACUGGUCUCCGUCACAAUCUUCCCAUGAUCAACCUCUUUACCGACGAAGGUUUGAUCAACGAGAAUGGUGGUCAAUUCAAGGGAUUGAAGCGUUUCGAUGCUCGUAAUGCCGUUAUCAAGGCACUCGAAGAAAAGGGUUGCUACAAGGGCAUGAAGGACAACAAGAUGCGUAUUGGUGUUUGCUCACGUUCCAAGGACGUCAUCGAGCCAAUGGUCAAGCCACAAUGGUACGUCAAGUGUGGAGACAUGGCUCAACGUGCCAUCAAGGCCGUCGUCGACAAGGAACUCGAGAUUAUCCCAGCCACCCACGAGGUUACUUGGUUCCGUUGGUUAGAGGGUAUCAAGGAUUGGUGUGUCUCUCGUCAAUUGUGGUGGGGCCAUCGUAUCCCUGCCUACUUGGCACGUAUCCAAGGUCGUCCCGAACCAGACCACUUUGACAUGGAGAACUGGGUUGUUGGUGAGACCAAGGAAGAGGCUUUGGCCGUUGCAUUGAAGCGUUUCAACGUUGCUGCCGACCAAAUCUCGCUCGAACAAGAUCCAGAUGUCUUGGACACUUGGUUUUCGUCUGGUUUGUUCCCAUUCUCAACUAUGGGAUGGCCAGAAAAGACUGCCGACAUGGAAAACUUUUACCCAACCAGCCUUCUCGAGACUGGCUCGGACAUUCUCUUCUUUUGGGUCGCCCGUAUGGUUAUGAUGGGUCAACAACUCACCGGCCAAUUACCAUUCAAGCAAGUCUUCCUCCACGCCAUGGUUCGUGACUCUCACGGUCACAAGAUGAGCAAAUCAUUGGGCAACGUCAUUGAUCCAACCGACGUUAUCAAUGGUAUCUCCCUCAACCAACUCCAAGAGAACCUCAAGACUGGUAAUCUUGAACAAAAGGAGUUUACCAGAGCCUCUGCUGCCCUCAAGCUCGACUAUCCAAACGGUAUCCCAGAGUGUGGUACCGAUGCCCUCCGUUUUGCCCUCUGCGCCUACACCUCGCAAGGUCGUGACAUUAACCUUGAUAUUCUCCGUGUCGAUGGUUACCGUCGUUUCUGCAACAAGAUUUGGAACGCUACCCGUUUCGCUUUGAUGAAGUUGGGUACCGACUAUAAGCCAAUCGACUUUGACGCCGAAGCACUCAUCAACAACUCGUCCUCGGUCAACCGUUGGAUCUUGAAUGCUGCUGCACGUGCCAUCCGUCUCGUCGACCAAGGUUUCAAAGACUAUGACUUUGCUGCUGCCACCACCGCCAUUUACAACUUUUGGUUGCACGAACUCUGUGAUUUCUACCUCGAAACCACCAAGCCCAUCUUUAGUGACGACAAUAACGACGCUGAAGACAAGCUCCGUACCAAGCACACCCUCUACACUUGCAUUGAAAUCGGUCUCAAGUUGCUCCACCCAUUCAUGCCAUAUUUGACCGAAGAACUCUACCAAUCGAUUGCUCACCGUCCAUCCGACAAUCUCCCCACCAUCAUGUUGGCACAGUUCCCACUCGAACAACCACAAUGGAUCGACGCCAACAUUGAAGAGGAAAUGAAGCAAUGCCAAGACCUCAUCACUGCCAUCCGUUCGCUCUGCAACAAGUACCGUGUCAAAAAGGUCCCCAUCUUUGCUCACGCCAAAAAGGAGGAAUUGCACAAAUUGUUUAGCCGUCACGCUCACCUCAUCAAGGUCCUCACCAACGCCUCGGACUUCCAAGUCCACCUCACCUCUGAAGGUCGUACCGGAUGCGUCGUCGACACUUACAAUGACAGUCUCUCGAUCCUUCUCGAUCUCUCCACUUCUAUCGAUUUCACUGCUGAAAUCAAACGUCUUGAAGGCAGUCGUACCAACUUGCUCACUCAAAAGGACGCUCUUUUGAAAAAGAUUAACAUCCCAUCCUAUGACAAGGUCCCACAAAAAAUCCGUGAAGAUAAUACUACCAAACUCAAUGGUAUCGAAGAAGAAAUUAAAACUCUUUCAAAUAGUAUUGAAUCCUUUCAAAAAAUGUCUUUAAACAAAUAA